AUGGCCCGGCGGCGGCGCCGCGCCUGCAUCGCGCUGUUCCUGGUGCUGCUCUUCGCCUUCGGCACCCUUAUGGGCCUGCGCACGCUCAAAGCUCCGGACGGACUCCCGGCUCUGGGCCCAGGCCUGGAGCUGGCGUCCUUCGAGCGACGCCCGGAGGGGCUCCCCGCGCCCGCCCCCCGGGCCCCGGCCGCCCCCGCUGCGCCGCCGCCGCCGCCGCCGCCGCCCCGCACCGCGGGCCCGGGCAGUCCCCCGGAACCGGCCCCCGCAGAGGCCGAGCCCGCCCCUGGGCAGAGUCUGCGCGUCUACUCGGACCUGCACGCCUUCUACUAUUCGUGGUAUGGGAGCCCGCGGCGCGAGGGCCACUACAUUCACUGGGACCACGUCAUGGUGCCGCACUGGGACCCCAAGAUCUCGGCCAGCUACCCCCGCGGCCGCCAUAGUCCCCCUGACGACUUGGGCUCCAGCUUCUACCCGGAGCUGGGGCCCUACAGCUCCCGGGACCCCGACGUGCUGCGGGAGCAUAUGACCCAGCUCAAAGAAGCCGCCAUCGGUGUCCUGGUCCUGUCCUGGUAUCCACCUGGCAUGGCUGAUGAUAAUGGGGAACCCUCAGAUGACCUGGUGCCUGCCAUUCUGGAUACUGCCCAUCAAUACAACAUCCAGGUGGCAUUCCACAUCCAACCCUACAAGGGCCGGGAUGACGUCAGUCUGCAUGACAACAUCAAGUACAUCAUUGACACGUAUGGCUCCCAUGGCGCAUUUUACCGCUAUAAGAACAGCAUGGGUAAGAGCCUCCCACUCUUUUAUAUCUAUGACUCAUACCUAACAACCCCUGAGGCCUGGGCCCACCUCCUGACACCAAAUGGGCCGCACUCAAUCCGCAACACCCCCUAUGAUGGGGUCUUCAUAGCGUUGCUCGUGGAGGAGGGCCACACCCACGACAUCCUGGCCGCCGGAUUUGAUGGCAUGUACACCUACUUUGCCUCCAACGGUUUCUCCUUUGGCUCCUCGCAUCAGAACUGGAAAGCUGUGAAGAACUUUUGCGAUGCCAACAACCUCAUGUUCAUUCCCAGUGUGGGGCCCGGCUACAUUGACACCAGCAUCCGGCCCUGGAAUAACCACAACACGCGGAACAGGGUCAAUGGCAAGUACUAUGAGACAGCCCUGCAGGCAGCCCUGACAGUGAGGCCCGAGAUCAUCUCCAUCACCUCUUUCAAUGAGUGGCACGAGGGCACCCAGAUUGAGAAGGCCAUUCCCAAGAAGACGCCAACUCGCCUGUAUUUGGACUACCUGCCUCAUCAGCCCAGCCUGUACCUAGAGCUGACUCGCCGCUGGGCUGAGCACUUCAUCAAAGAGAAGGAGCAGUGGCUAAUGUGAGGGGCUACAGAUGGCAUGAGGUGCUGAUGUCCCAGACGCACUGGAAUGCUGUCCCCAUGUGGGCUCAGCUAGGGGGCGUAGGCACUGUCUCCAAGUCAGCAGCUGGGUGCCUCUGGGUGGGCCAUCAAGCCUGGGCCCAUGUAGGAACAGAGCCUGUUCCUCAAGCAAGUGGUGCUGGGGUUGUUGUGCAGUGACAGGAG